UCCGCUCGGGCUGAUGGGGAUUCCGGUUUUUCCGGUCUGCAGGCUCUUCUCGGUUUUAACGGCAGCGGCUCUGAGCGUCGCGUCAGUGUGACCAGCAGCAGCAGCAGCAGCAGCAGCAGCAGCAGGAUGGCCUCCAACACCGCCACCAUGGGGAACCUCCCCAGCGGGAUCGGAAUAUGUACAACCAUCCCCGACAUCUUCUACGUGCCCGAGCUGAUCUUCGGUGGUCUGGUGUGGAUCCUGGUGGCGUGCACGCUGGUGGUGCCUUCGAACCCUCAGGGCUGGGUCAUGUUCGUGUCCGUCUUCUGCUUCAUCAUGACCUUCAUCUGGUUGGUGGUGUUCGCCUGCGGGGGGCAUCACAACAAGGGCAGCUGGGCCGCAGCAGACUUUGCGUACCACAGCAUCGCUGCCUUCUUCUACCUCAGUGCUUCAGUGGCUUUGGCCAAAGUGACAAUAGAGAUGAAAGACAACCCAAACUUCCAAAACUACCAGCUGGACAUUUCUGCAGUGGUCUUCUCCUACGUGGCGACUUUCCUCUACUUCAUCCACACCAUCCUGUCUGCCAUCCGAUGGAAAUCCUUCUAGAGGUUUCCUCCCUGCAGAGCCUCACGGACAGAUUUUUAUUCUUAAAGCUUGUACAUAAAGGCCUGGCACACUGACAUCACUGUCAGGCCUCGGUUUGGGGGAUUCGUCCCCGCGCUGGGAGAGGAAGCGAACGCAUCUUGGAUCAUCGUUCCGUAACGUCUCCGGCUGUCUGUCACCAGGCAGGAACAGUUUCAGGGAUUUGAAGUGAUGGACGACAGUCGGAGCUUCACUACCUGAUGGUUCGUGUCACGGAGCCGCUGGGAUUUUCAUCUUCAUCCACACAGGCUGCAGCCUCCCUGUUAACACCACCUACAGUAACUGCUUACAGAGGAGGUGGACAGAAUAACAGAAACACCUCAGUUUGUUGAAGCUUGUAAUGAAACGUGCAGGUUUAGUUUGAGAAGGAAGUUACACAUCAAAACAUGGCUCUUACAUUUAUACAUUAAUAAACUUACAAAGUGCUUUACAGAAAUAGAAGAAAGAAUCAAUAAACUGCAAAUA